GACCACCUGACUGGCUCGACACGACAGGCGCGAACGCCUGCGCGAGAAACCGAACAACAUCAGAAGCACGACGCCAACCAGAGGUCAUCUGCUUGCCUGCAGGUCGCCGUCAAUUCGAACCGCCGCGAAGGGCCUGCUCCUCCUGGACCCGCCACCAUGUCCGCCGGACCUCUCACCACGUACGGGGGCGUCUCGGGCGUCGCUGACGACGGCGGCGACUCGCUGACCAGCGACCUGAACGUCUACUACUCGUCCGGCGACUUCGCAUGGAUCCUCACUUCGUCAGCGCUCGUGCUGCUCAUGGUCCCGGGUGUCGGCUUCUUCUACAGCGGGCUGGCGCGUCGGAAGUCAGCGCUGGCUCUCAUAUGGCUUUCCUUGAUAUCAAUCGCCAUCGUCGGCUUCCAGUGGUUCUUCUGGGGCUUCUCCCUCACCUUUUCCCACACCGGCAGCGCAUAUAUCGGCGACCUUUCCAACUUUGGUCUCAUGAAGACCCUGGCCCAGCCGAGCGUCGGUAGCACCAAGAUUCCCGACCUCCUGUUCUGCCUGUACCAAGGCAUGUUCGCUGCCAUCACCCCCGCCCUCGCCAUCGGCGCCGCCGCCGACCGCGGCCGCAUGCUGCCUUGCAUCGUCUUCAUCUUCAUCUGGGCGACCAUCGUGUACGACCCGAUCGCGUACUGGACGUGGAACGCCAACGGCUGGUCCUUCAAGAUGGGCGGCCUCGACUUCGCAGGCGGCACGCCCGUGCACAUCAGCUCGGGCGCCGCCGCCCUCGCCUACUCGCUCAUGCUCGGCAAGCGCACCGGCUACAACAAGGUCAACGGCCUUCCCUACCGCCCUCACAACGUCACCCACGUCGUGCUCGGCACCGUCUUCCUGUGGGUCGGCUGGUUCGGCUUCAACGGCGGCAGCGCUCUGGGCGCCAACCUGCGCGCCGUCAUGGCCUGCAUCGUCACCCACACCGCCGCCUGCGUCGGUGGGUUCACCUGGUGCCUGAUGGACUACCGGCUCGAGGGCAAGUGGAGCACCGUGGGCUUCUGCAGCGGCGCCGUCGCCGGACUGGUUGCCAUCACGCCCGCGUCGGGUUUCGUUCCGCCGUGGUCGGCGGUUAUCUUCGGUAUAGUCAGCGGCAUUGUGUGCAACUUGGCUACCAAGCUGAAGUUCCUGCUUGGCAUCGACGACGCGCUCGACAUCUUCGCCGAGCACGCUAUUGGCGGCAUUGCCGGCAACCUGCUGACGGGCCUGUUUGCUGCCGAUUACAUCGCCCACCUCGACGGCUUCACUUCGAUCCCCGGCGGCUGGGUCAACCACCACUACGUGCAGCUCGGGUACCAGCUCGCCGACAGCGUCUCGGGCUUCGCGUACUCGUUCGUCAUGACGUGCGUCAUCCUCUUCCUGAUGAACCUGGUGCCCGGCCUCUCGCUGCGUGUCAGCGCCGAAGAAGAGGAGAUCGGCCUGGACGACGGCGAGCUCGGCGAGUUCGCCUACGACUACGUCGAGAUCACGCGCCACAUCGAGGGCGCCCUCACCGGCACGUCGCAGAGCCCCGCCCACAGCAUAAAGGGGGACGUUCCGGAGAAGAAGGCCUAAUCCAGUGAUAGAUGGGAGAUUUCGCCGGUAAAGGAGGGGCCGGAAUCCGGU